GCGGGUUCAGUAUUAAAAAGUGCCGCAUCAUGAUCCGGACACCCAGGCGCAUUUCUCCGGCCGCGACCCGCGGUCCGGUCUCACUGUCGUGCCCGCAGAAGAAGCUCUUGUCCGGAUCCAGGGCGGAUCUACUGAGCGCUGGACUCGCCAGUCCGCCCAUGAACUCAGUACCUCUGGGUUACUUCACACAGCUCGGGAACACACCGGCGACCGAGCGGAGAACCACGGACUGCCUGUACGCCACUCCGCAUGGAGCCGGAGCCCGGGCUCAGCAAGGCCGCCAGGCGUCCACUCGCCUCCCGGCUAAGAGGCGGUUGGAUUUGGAGGAUCCGCUUUAUCUGCCAGAAUUUCGGACACCCAAAGGGAAGGGGAAUGUGGUCGCAGCGAGACUCUCCAGUCCUAAGACUCCGAAGUCCCCAGGCGAGCGGACGCGCUACGACACCUCCCUCGGCCUGCUCACCAAGAAGUUCGUCGGCCUGCUGAGCGAGUCGGCGGACGGCGUGCUGGACCUGAACUGGGCCACCGAGGUGCUGGAGGUGCAGAAGAGGAGGAUCUACGACAUCACCAACGUGCUGGAGGGGGUCCAGCUCAUCCGCAAGAAAUCCAAAAAUCAUAUCCAGUGGAUGGUCGCCGGCGUGUUCGAGGGCUCGGGCAGUGGCUCGGAGCGGACGAGCGCCCUGCGGAGGGAACUGGCCGAGCUGGACCGGAAGGAAAAGGUUCUGGACGACCUCCUCCAGUCCGGCACCAAUCAGCUCCGAGAGCUCACCGAAAACAAAGACAACCAACGAUUCGGAUACGUGACGUAUCAGGACAUCCGCUUCAUAGAAAGUCUGCAGGACCAGACGGUGAUCGCAGUGAAAGCUCCUUCAGAGACAAAACUGGAGGUUCCAGAAGCUACUGAGCAAGGGUCUAUGCAGAUCUACCUGAAGAGUAAGAACGGCCCCAUUGAGGUGUACCUGUGCCCGGAGGAGCUGCCCGAAGACGAAAGCCCGGUAAAAGCUUGCGCUGCCCGGGGGGACCAUUCAUACGGCAUCGCACCCAGCACUCACUCCAGCACGCCGACACAUCCAAACACUCCGAAACGGCUGCAAGGAACAGAAGCUGCACCCUCUAAACCCCAAAACCUCGGUGGCACCAGCAGCGGCGCCGGUCUGCUCGACGUGGAGGGCAUUCUGGGUCUACCUCCCAGCCUUCUCCAGUUAACCGAAGAUCAGUUCUCGGGCGCCGCCCUAACCGCCGACCCCUCGUUUGUCAGUUUCUCGCCGCCCCUCGACCACGACGACUACCUCUGGGGGCUGGACGACGGAGAGGGAGUUUCGGACUUAUUUGAUUCCUACGACUUGGGGGAUCUGCUGCAAAGCUGAGCCGAGAGAACGUUUUGGUCCUUCCCCAAAUGUGUGAGAGAUACUACAGUCGUUU